AUGAACACAUUGACAGGCAAAUCAUCAAUACAUUGUAAGAUCUGUGCUGGGUUUAUGAAGAUCCUUUUCCAAAAGAUUAGGGAAGGGAAGGGGGAGGGGAAGAGGGCGUCGUACCUGUCUCCUUGGAAGACACCGGGUAGGGCAUGGGUCGCGGACGUCGGGAAAGGGCCGGAGGAGAGGCAGCUGCCGGCGACUGGUGGGGUAGGGCUGCCGGCGACCGUCGGGGAAGGGGCGGAGGAGGACGCUCGAUGCCCAGACCGCCAGGCCAAGAGAACACGAGAGAAGCGAGCGACAACUUCAAUUGACUUCCUAGCAAAGUACCAGUUUGAUUUCAACACAUGCUUCCGUGAAGGAGUAUCUUAUCUAUCCAGAGCACAAGAGGAAGAGGCGCUACACAAAUUUAAUAUGUUGUAUCAUGGCCAAACAGCUACAUCUUCCACCAAUUCUGAAGAGGACAGAGACAUACCUUUAAAAAGUGCUUCUGAUAUUCUUUUCACAGAAAGGAUGAAAAUGAACUUCAAGGAAUGGCGUGAUGUGAUAGUCAGCAAGCCAAUGGUUGACAACCAUUUGUCAGGAAACAUUAAAUGUUGUGCAGGACAAUUCCAGACAGUUUUCUUCAAAAUGCGCCCAGCUAUUAUGCUUAAUGGAUUCUCAUCGCAUCAAUUGAAGUUGAUUCAACAGGUUUUGAGAAAAAACUUUAAGGAUCUUGUUUUUGUCUGUACAUCUGGUGAGGAUGACACAUCUGAAAAGAAAGUAGUUUAUUCAGUCACUGAUGAGGACAGAAUAUUAUUAAUGAAAGAUGUUCAGGAAGAUCUACUAAAAAACAGGGAAGAAAGAGUUAAAUCAGCAAUAGGCAUCCGCCAUGUCAUCGACCUUCUUUCAUCAGAAAGGAAAUUGAUUGUUGGACAUAGUUGUUUCCUAGAUAUUGCACAAGUGUACAGCAAGUUUGUAGGUCCUCUUCCAUCAUCUAUCAAGGAAUUUGCGUUAAGUUUCCACAAAAUUUUCCCACACAUUGCAGAUACCAGGCAUCUUAUGUCUGUCAAUCAAGCAGUUCAGAAACUGAUGAAGCAUAAAAGCAAAUCACUAUCUUCAGCUUUCUCAUUGUUGUGCCCUGCAUCUUAUUCAUCUGCUGAGAAGCCAUCCAGUCAUCCUCCUGUGACAAUUGAAGUUGAAGGAGAUGAAACGACGUCUUCUUGCUUCAUUUCAGGUGCCAAGCAUGAAGCUGGGUAUGAUGCAUACAUGACUGGAUGUAUUUUUGUGCAGUUGUGCGCUUAUCUUGGCAUAAAAUUUGAGCAGUUCUCACCUCUGGAAAACCUAGCAACGAACACUAAGCUGCAUAAACACAUCAAUUUUUUGUCCCCUAGCUGGAACAGUGGGACAGUGAUUGAUUUGAGCACUGGCAUGGAGAGACCAGAACCAGGUUAUAUGAGAAGGUACCCUGCUGCUGUGUAUGAUAACAUCAUUGUCAUCUGGGGAUUCCCGUCUAAGGUUAGACCAAAGGAAAUUAAGGAUUGCGUCUGCAAAGUAUUUGGUUCAGGUUCGGUUACAACCGUCUUCUCCAUUGAUUCCACUGCUGCCCUUGUGCAGUUCAAGAAACAAGAGUCCGUAAACGAUUUCUUGGAUUUGAAGGCUGUUUUGGAGAGGGCAGAUAGUGCUAUCUCAAUUCUACACCCCCUGUCAACGAUAUUGGAAGGAGGCCAAACACGAGCUGCAAAGUAUGAUACCUACAGAGACAUCUGCAGCUCUUCUGAAUCAAAGUAUCUCUUUGCUGAUCAAGCUGAAGCAGUUUGUGCAACUUCAAAGAAUCAACUCAGAGAAAAUGUUGAUGACAAUCUUAUAUCUGGUGUUCUUGAUGGAGUUGCACUCGCCUCUGUAACCGAGGGAGAUAGAAUAAUAUCGGAUUCCAAGAAUCAAGACGUUGCUGAUGUUACAUGUCACGAUAUCUUAGAUGCUCUACAUGAUGGCAAAGCAUUGUUGGUCAGACGAAUGUGA